AUGGCAACAGACGCCACCGAGGAAGGCGAAACCUUCGCCCAGAGGACCGCAGCUUUUGUGGAAUGGUUCAAGAAACGCCCAGGGACGUUGCUGUCGGAUAAGGUCGAGCUUGUCGACAUGAGGCGCAUGGGUGCCGGAAGAGGCGUUGUUGCUGUGCAGGAUAUUGCAGAGGAUGAACUUAUCUGUCAAACCCCCCUCAGUGCUGUGCUGGCACAUAGCAGCUCCGACAUACCGCCACACGCUCUCAUCGGCACCGUUGAUUCUGGCGAGUGGCUGCCGUUAAUCGUGACGAUCAUCUACGAGUACCUCUUGGACACAGACUCCGAGUGGUAUCCCUAUUUCCAAGUCUUACCAACUCAUUUUGACACCUUGAUGCAUUGGACCGACACCGAGCUGGAAUACCUUCAAGCUAGUGCAGUUGUUGGCAAGAUUGGCAAAGCAGAGGCCGAAGCCCAGUGGGAAACAAUGAUUGAUACCAUGCUGGUCAACGAAGAUCUGUUCCCAACUGACGGCGCCGACCUCGAAACCAGGACCGCCGAACUGGUCAAAUUGUGCCAUAUGGCUGGCAGCUUGAUCCAAGCAUACGCUUUUGACAUCGUCGACGAACAGGGUUCGGAUACAGAAAGCGGCGAUAGUGAGGAGUUCAAGGAAGACGAUGAAGACGAUCCUGUCAAGGCGCUGGUACCUUUCGCCGAUAUGUUUAAUGCGGAUGCCGAUCGCAACAAUGCCCGCUUAUACCAGGAAAAUGGCUGCCUUCAGAUGAGGGCUACUCAAGCCAUCAAAGCAGGCCAGCAGAUCUUCAACGAUUACGGCCCACUUCCACGCUCAGAUCUCCUUCGCAUGUACGGCUACACCACAGAAAAUUACGCUAAAUAUGAUGUUGUCGAGUUUAGCCAUGACCUCUUGGUCGAAGUCGCUGGCAUGAAGAACCCCAAGAACAACGCUACGUGGCUGAAGCGAGAGGAGCAACUAGACGAGAUCGGUAUUCUCGAUGACGGGUAUGCUUUCCCACGCCCAACGGAUGGCGCCAAAUUGGAAGACGCUGUGCCAGGCGACAUUCAUAUGAUGCUUCGAGCCUUGACAGCCAAUCCCAACGUCUCCAAGGUACCGAAGUCAAAAGACGAAUCGCUCUCGAUUGAAGAAGCCGUGUUGCUCUCCGCGGUAGCCACAAAACGACUGGCCGAAUACAAAACUUCUCUCGAGGAAGACGCCGAGACCUGGAAGCAACUCGAGGCCGAUCCAGAGACACACCUUCCACCAGGCCCAUCUGCCAAGCGCUACCUUUCAGCCCUCCGCAUACGCUGCGGCGAGAAGGAGGUCCUACGGGAUCUCAUCAAGCUUUGUCAAGAUCACAUUGCGACCAAAACGACCGACAUUGCCAACACUGACCGAAAACGGAAGCACUCCAACGCCGCCACCACGGCUUCGAAGGCAAAAAGGACCCACAGCUGA